AUGGAACCAGGAACUGUAUUCACUGUUAACAAGGAUGAUAUCCUCCUCGGUCUUCUAGCCUGCUUUCUACCUCCGAUUGCGGUUGCUGUACGCCAGGGGUUCUGGAGAAAAGACACUUUGAUUUGUUUCUUGCUCACUGCUAUAUUCGGUUUUCCAGGUAUGUUCCAUGCAUUCUACGUUAUUUACACGACAAGCGCUGAACGCAGAUUAUAUGACUCUUUGAGUGGCGGUCCUGACUUGGAAGCUCAAAACUCCGGUGCAGAUGACGCCUCUUCUCAUAAGAGCGCCCCAUCUGGUGAGCUGCCACCAAACUAUGAUGAAAUUUCUCACGAUGUACCUCCAAGUGGACCAGUAGACCAAAAAAUUUCCCACUAA